CGUUUUAACAACGUUUUUAAUUCAGUUUAACGAGAAUGAUUGAGACACAAAUUGAAACCAAGCAUCCCAGAUACGGUGGAGGACCGCAUAAUUUAGGAGAUCCUAAUGAUAAAUUUCUAAGAAAGGUAGAGAAAGACGUUCUUAUACCACAAAAAAUGCGAGACAAAGCAAAAGAAGAAAAGUGUGUUCAACAAGUUAAAGAGUUUUCAGAUUGUUGUAAAAAGGCUAAUGUUCUCAUGGGUUUCAAGUGUCGGAAAGAGAAUUCUGCAUUAAAAGAAUGUUUAUCGCGAUGGUAUAAUGAUUCAGACUUUAAAGAACAAUGUACACAAGAAUAUUUGGAUGAAAGAAGUGAAUAUCGAAGGACUGGUAUAUCAAAAAAAAAAUAUAUGAGAUAUCAAUCAUAAGCUAAAAGUAAUAUUGUGUGAGUAAUAAAUUCAAUUUGUAUUGUAUGAGUAUAAAAUGAGUUCGUACAUAUUAUUAUCUUUAUUUAGCUGUCAAUUGUUUAAUUUAAGAAAAAAAAUUAUAAGAGAGUUAUUAUAUAGAUA